GCGGCGGCGGCGAGGAUUUCAUCAGCGGGGAAAUUCGCGGGCCCGGCCCCCGCCCCCGCCAGCCCAUAAAAGCGGCCGGGUGAGCUGCCGGCCGGCCAAGCGAGCGACCGUGGGAAGACAGGCAGGCAGGCAGGCAGGCGGCGAGGAUGGCGGCGUGCGGCCCGGGCGCCCUCCUGCUCGUGGGCUUGCAACUGUUUCAGACUGUUCUGAGUACAACUGUGGUCCCAUUGUGUGGCUCCAAUGAAACGGACGCUUGUACGACUGCCCUGGUCCAAACAGACAGUAGUUCUCGUGUCGCUCAAGUUGGGAUCACCCGAUGCAGGUCUGAGAUGCAAAAUUUCUGCUUCAAUGGGCACUGCAUGUACCUUGUGGACUUGGAUCAACACUACUGCAAGUGUGACAUGGGCUACUCUGGUGUCCGAUGUGGCCAUUUAAAUGUAGACCUUGUCCAGCAGCCCUUGAGCAAGGAAUACAUCGUGCUCGCUGUCCUGCUGAGUCUGUUUUUUUUAGCUUCAACUUCAGUGGCAAUCUACUACAUCUACAGACGGUACCAGAAAAAAAGGGGGAGAUUUUCUGCAAACAGAAGCUAUGAAGAAGUUGCCAGACAGACUGAAAAAGACAGAAAGCUGCUUCACGUGUGAAUGGAAGGAUUUCUGAAAGCCAUUUAUUUAAUAUUGAAUACUUAUUUUAUUAAUAAUAUUUAUAUUCUAAGCAAAGGAAUUUUAACGUGAUGAUGAUUGGAAUGCAUAUGCAGGUCAAAAGGGUUAUUUUUAUAAACAGUUUUGAUAUUUUUAUUUGUGUUUUUAGCAUUAUUUCUUUGCAACCUUGGGUAAAACUGUCUUGUAUUCAUAGACAUACAGGUAGCUUAUAUAUGAGGGUACAAAAAUGUACUUUUCUCUGCUUGAUUUACUGUGAAAAU